CCUUCAGCCAUGAAGUUCACGGCAAUCGCAACACUCUUCCUCGCCACCAUCUCUCCGCUGGCGGGCGCCUACCCCAUCUAUAAGGCUGAUACUGUCAACUGCCGCUCCAGCCCCAGCACCUCGGGCAAUGUGGUCAAGACCUACAAGAAGGGCGAUGACAUCAAGCUCACCUGCCAGAUCUCCGGCGAGACCAUCAAGGGCAAUUCGCUGUGGGGCAAGACCUCGGACGGCUGCUACGUUGCCGACUACUACACCAAGACCGGUUCCACUGGCCUUGUCACCGGACGGUGCAGCACCGAUGGCGGCUCAUCUGGUGGCGGCAGCAGCGGCGGUGGCAGCUCUGGGUCGGCUGGACCUAUGACCAACGACUACCCGUACAAGAACAGCUGCGGUCCCGCUGACAAGUGGCUGUACUUCAAGUGUCAGUGCACGUCGUUUGUCGCCUGGCGUAUCAACUCGCGCCUGGGCAUCAAUUUCCACAACAAGUACAAGGGCAAGGCUUGGGGCAAUGCCAACCAGUGGGACGAGGCUGCCCGUGCCUCAGGUGUCAAGGUCGACGGUACUCCGACGCCUGGCUCCAUUGCGCAGACCAACAAGGGCGGCGGCGGCGCAGGCCAUGUCGCCUGGGUCGCCAAGGUUUCCGGAAACAGCGUCACUAUCGAGGAGUACAACUACGGCGUCUACAGAGGAUAUGGUACUCGUACUGUCCCCAAGAGCACCUUCAACUAUAUCCACCUCAAGUACUAAUACCAUCGCCUGCAAAGUGGCAUCUGGGCCGACAACUCCUUCGCAGUAGAAGCUGCUACAUGCUUACAAGUUCAAUAUAUUUAGAGUUUGGGUGCCUUUACCGACUUUAGAAUUUCCUCAAACUUGUUGUCGAAUGCCAAGUCGACCUGCUCCAAAACACUGGUUGACUGGGUCGCUCUCCCACACUCCUCAUAUGCUAAGAACGACGCGUGUCUGGUGAUAGUGCAUGCAGCAAAUGCCGCCAGCAUAGGGAUCUCGUCUCCAUUAAUCUCGCCGGUGUGCUUCCAUGCGUUGGCCUUGUACCGCUCGCCCCAAGCCAAGAACGUAGCAAUGGCGCCGCUGAGGAUGUCGCCCUGGCCGCCGCACCGCCUGAGUCCGCCGACCUCAUCGCAGAUAAAUAG